AUGGCAACGCAGCCUAGCGAUCAGAUGGAACAGAAACCAAGAUCCGACGCCACAGAACAUUAUCUUCCCCAGGAACUCGUUGAUAUUAUUAUCAACGAAAUCCCAAUCGACGAUCAUCGUGCUCUCUCUUCAUGCGCCCUUGUUGCUAGAUCAUGGGUCUACACGAGCCAACGCCGCCUAUAUUCACGUAUUGACAUGUCUUUCCUAGAAUCGGAGGAAGAGAAAACCGCAGCAAGCCCGUCCACAGGACAGCGAUUUGCUGACCUUCUUACUGCGGCUCCCCAUAUCGCGUCUUUUGUCGAGAGUCUCUCGAUAAAAAACGACGAUGAAGAGAUCGACCCAGAUUUUCCCUGGCUUGUAUCCUCCAGAGUGGCAUGGGAGACAAUCUUCUUUGACCAUGGCUUGGAGAACCUCCUGAGCCUAUACCUCGAGUUUGGUUUCUACGAUUAUGGGGAUGACACAGUGAUAUUCAAAGAUCUCCUGCGGCGUGCCUUUAAUCAGCUUCCCAAACUCCAGGAAGCCACCCUCAACCAAAUCUGUAUAGAUGUAUACGGCAUAUUCUCCCUAUUCCAAGGCGCCCAAGCAAUUAGGCACAUCAGUCUAUGUGAUGUCGUCCUCUCUGAAUCACCCCCACAAGUAGCUGCGAAGAUCGUGCUACCCAUAGAUUGCCUCACGCUCUCUCUCAAUGACAGCGAUUUUAUCAGAUUGGAAAAAAUGAUGGUGGAACUGGUGAGGGACCUAGACGCGCUGGACCUCUCGCAUGUGACGACGCUCUGGAUCCGCUUCGUUGGGCUUUCAGAGAUCCUCGCAGCCAACGGGCUCCUCCAUUCCAAAGAGACGAUCUUUCCAUCUCUAAGAACCCUCAAAAUCGAGUUGGAUAUGGAAGUGCUCCGUACGUUUGCAUCGCGAAAGUUCAUCACCCGAGAUUUGUGUGCUAAUCCUGUCUCUCUUUUUGUUUUGGCGGCGCUCAGAUAUUAG